AUGUGCUAUCUACAAGUUGACGAGCAACAAGCUGGAUCAUCGUCUCCGCUGAUCAAGGUUUACUGCGACAUUACAUCUGAUUCAAUGCCAAAAGGCUUUUUCGGAAGCUACAGACUACUAGGAUUCAUCGGUGCUCCUUUGGAAGACAAGACUAGCGACGGCACCAAAAUUGUGCCACCUGCUACCACUGGAAAAUUGGACUACGAUUUGGUCAGCUCCUGGAUAGAAGACUGCCAAUCGCACGAUGAGUGUAGCAUCGGAUCAGAACCAAGUCCCGAGGGCGCUACAGGCAUCUGGCUGGUUGACGUCCAAGAUAGGUGUUUAGUCCAGCGGGACUGGGAUUGUCGCUACAUUGCCCUCAGCUACGUCUGGGGGGACCUCGUAGCAAUUCGGAGCCAGAAGACCAAUUUCCCCAGUCUGAAAUUUCCUGGCUCUUUGAACGGCGUUAUGGGACAAAUGCCACAAGUCAUCCAGGAUGCCAUCACAUUUACCGCCAACGUCAAGCAACAAUAUCUUUGGGUGGACUCUUUGUGCAUUGUGCAGGACGAUGACACCUUCAAAGAAAGAUACAUUCCUCGAAUGCAUCUGAUCUACCAAUCAUCUCUAGCAACUAUCGUUGCUACAGCCGGAAAGGAUGCCAAUAAAGGUCUGCCUGGUAUCUCCUACCCCCGCGAGGCCCCCUACACCCCGAUCAAGUUCGGUUCUCGGUCGCUGGAAGCCAAGCCUCCUUGCCUCCUGCCUCUCAUGUGGAAAUCAAAGUGGAAAACCAGAGCCUGGACCUUCCAGGAAGGCAUAUUCUCCGGAAAAUGCAUAUACUUCACCGACUACCAGGCGUUCUGGGUUUGCUCCGCUCGUCGGGCUUCGGAAAGCAACACUGAGUAUUACCAUGAUGGAAUGCACCUUUGGGAAAAAAGCUCGACUAGUCUCUUUUCUCGGUCCAGCGGCACAUACCGGGAACGUGUUUACCAAAGUCUUGUGCAGGGCUAUUCAAACAGGACACUGUCUCACCAUUCCGACUCGCUCAGCGCUUUUGCCGGCCUGCUCUCAAAGAUGGGGGAAGCGUUCGACUGGAAAUUUGUCAGUGCUCUACCAGAGAAAAGCUUUGAAUCCUUCAUUUUCUGGGUUGCACCUUUUGGCGGCAUACUUCGGCCGAGAAAUAACGCCAUGCAUAAUUCGGAUGUUAUGUUCUGCCGCUCACCCACUUGGUGUUGGACAGCAUGGGACGCAUACGUGUACUGGGACCCAUGGAGACAAGACGAAUUCAUGGGGAAAGCGGUGACUACAAAGUCCGAAGUCGAAGAAUACUGGAUCAGCGAGACCGUCGGGUUUAGGAGGAUUGGCGACAAAGAACACUCCGACCACGGCGACCAAAUGUUCGCAUCAUCACUGCAUGAGAAACAACCAUGUGUGCUGGACUCUCGUCGGCUGGGGAGUGAUCUCCCGCCAAAAACUCUUAUGUUCAGGGGAAAUAUCAUCGAUACCAAAGCCUUCGAGAUCAAGUCCCCAAUCUUCGACCCAGCCUGCAGUCGCUACUUUCAAGGACAUUUGACCGGCGCAGGCUGGGUAUAUGACAGCAAUGGCCGACACUGCGGAACCCUUCGUGGCAUCAAUCUCUCAAAAUAUUAUGACCAGGAGAAAUGGGAAUUCAUUUUGCUGUCGCGCAGCGACCAAGACGAGGUUCUUCAAGCUGACAUCGACGCCACGCCAAGCCCCGACUUGCCUCCGGAGUAUCCCUCUGCCAAAGAGUACUACGAAGAAAUAUUCGAUACAACAGCGUAUAAAUACCGAAGUUGGUGGACUCUGAACAUCAUGUUGGUCGAAAGGAAAGGUUUGUGGGUGGAACGGGUUGCUGUUGGGCAAAUUCAUGCUGAUGCGUGGGAUUCCGCUCUUGGGCAGUCAUCUCCGGAAACAAUUUUCUUAGCUUGA